GCGCAGGAGCUGCAUCCAACGCGCCCGCGACUCCAAUCGCAUUCCACCUCCACCCUCUCCACCACCCCUCGCCCGUCCGUAUCCGCUGGCGAACACCUUUUCUCGCGUCAUCAUGCCAUCGUAGAAGGUGGAACAUCUGCGCCGGCGCGCACCAUACCCACCAACUCCCCCCGGGAUAACCAGCAACACGUGCUUCCCGUACUCGCAAGUGACGCGCACGGGUGGAGGAUGUCUCGCACAGGCGAGGAAAGAGGGGAGGACUUGUUCCUGGAACUGGCCAACGAUCGCGCCGCAGUAGAGCAUGCACGCCCCAUCAGCCACGGGGAACCUCUGCAGCGUCGCAUCUCCUCAGCCGCCAAUCCGCCCUCAUUGUCAUCAGAGCGGAGGCCGCGCUCCAGUGGAAAUGCCUUGGGUCAAGGAGGUGCAUCGAUGCUGGACAAGUCUGCACAUCUCCAGCGUCACGUGGCACGCCAUAGCACCCCUUUCGCCAGCCCUAGCCCAUGGAUAGACGAGGAUGGGGCGAGCAUUUCGUCAAAGUCGCGCUCUGGCGUCCCUCGCCGUCCAGAAAUGUCGUCUGAGCGCCUACCAUCGCGCUUGAACAACCAUGCCAGACCUGCUGAUCUCCCGCAAUUUGGUCGAGGCCGGCCUUCAUUCGGUUCUUCGCCACAGACAUUGCUCGCACAGCCUUCGCAGCUCUCUCACAACUGGCCAGACUCCUUCCAAUACCCCACUGGAAACUCGGAGCCCAAACCCUCCAACCCCGACUCCGCCUCGGUGGCCUCUGAAACCGCGGAAACUGUAUGGGACGAGCUUGAUGAUCUGAAGUCGCGCAUUAAAAAGCUGGAACUGACGGGCAAACUACCUUCGACCUCGGGAGCCGCUGCGCUCCCGGUUGAGCAUAACGAUCGCCCCAGAACGGCAACCACUGCUCCCACAACUAUCGACUCUUCGCCAAAACAUGACAAGUCCGAGCCGCAACAGCAGAUGCCUGAAUCAAGGUCGCGGUCGAUCGCCCAAGAGAUGUCAGGGGAGUACGCGGUCGGUGGCCCUGGGGCCGCGAACAUUCAUCCCAACCUCCACGCCGCUUUGGCGAAAGCAAAGCCACUGCUCAGCCCAACUCUGUUCCGUACGCUUGAAGCAACGGCUGCCGACGCUCUCCAGCUCGCAGCCAUGACCGGCAGCGCCGGACCGCAAGGCACGGCCAUGACGGCAGCGUCCAUCAUCAACGGCGUCACCGUCUCCGACCGACACGUGCGAAGGAAGGCGGACACCAUGUGUCGCAACCUCACCGAUCUGGUGCUAGCACUAUGCGAAGGUAGAUCCGAAGCGCCGAGUUUGGUCUCCUCGCCCACUCCUUCGACAAAGCAAUCGCCAUCUCUCAGGUAUUCAAGAAGUAGUCUCGGUCCCACUGAUGGGAUCUCAAGAGCAGCUGCUCGCCCGAUGAGUCGUCUCGAAGCUCGAAGAUCCAGCAUUCUAGGAUCGCAAGGCGGGAACAGCAGCAGCCUUGCAGGCAGCCCACUGGAAGCUACCGGAGACGCAUCUCUAUCCGAGCACGAAUCCACCGCAUCCUAUCCUCGCCUUCAAAGGCCAGAUCCUACACCGAGCGGACGAGCAGCAAGCAGACUCCAAGCAGCGCGGGAAAGACAUUUCGGUAGCGGUGCGGCGGGAGACGACGAAGACCCUACAAUCCGCCCUCCAUCACGCGCCGCCACGGACGCCGGCCGGUCCGCGAGAUCCUUCCUCCGCAGAGACUUCAACACCCCAUCUCGCUCACCCAGUUUCCGAGACUCCCUGGCAGCACGCCGCACUAGCCAGGACUACUUUUCGCGCGUGCCUUCCGACUCAUCAGCAGAUCUUGCACGGCGGCACGCACUUGACACCUUUAAUACGCUGGUCGUACCGGAAGAGAGUGAUGCCGGAGACAGACGAAGUAUCUCGCGAGCGACCUCGCGUACAAAUCGUCGCGUCACCUCUUACGUCCCGCAUUCUUCUCGUCGCAGCGGUGGGGCAAUUAGCGGGGAAGGGCCGUCUCUUCAUCGUGCUACAAGUUUGCAGCAGCGGAGGCAUGUUUUGGUGGAAUAAAGGAAAGGAAUUCGUGAUGUUUCAAUGGUUUGGGAACUGCUCAGCAUUAGCGUGGAGUCGGGGUUGUUUACUUUGUUCUACGUUUGCACGUUGCUCGCAGACAAGACGCGCUGCCUGAAUGUAAUGGUUAUCGCGUUAUCGACACGAAUCAUUGGCCAUAUGGCCAUGUCUCAUCUACCUUCGCAAAAGGUGAGGCAGCCGGGCUGAGAUGGCGAAGCCUGCGAGACGGAACGUCUCUUCAGGGUAGCCUACCAACCACCCGAUUGUCUUCACAUUCUAAGACAUGACACUGUGCAAUAGAACUGCAAUUCAAGA